AGGGUGAAUCGCAGUAGAUCUGAGGACAGUAUGCGGGUAUUGCUGUGUUUCUGUUUAUUGAUGGCGUGCUUUGGGACGCCAGGAGCACGGCCUAGGACGGUUCGUCGAAAUAUAGACCUGCAGGACGAUGAAAAGAAAUUCAUCAAGGAAUUUGAUACGUUCUUGGACGAAUCUGAAGGAAUAGCUUCAAAAGAUCAUUGGACGUCAAGCGAUGUCAAACCAUUGGAAACAUUCGGUUUGAUGCAGAAGGCGUUCAUCUCCGACAUGGUUCUCCAAACCUGUAUUGUGUCUGGGGUGUACCUUCGCCAAGAGAAAGGACACACACCAACAACCACGCGAACGGAGAAGCUGGUAAGCCGGCUGUUGAAUCUGUUGAGGACCAAGAGGUCAACAGAUGCCCCUAUGACGACUGGAAUGGACUGGGAGAAGGACCCCUUAAAUCUGCUGGAAGAUGCUGAAAGUCAGUUCCGGAACCUCUGCUUCACACUCUUCGACCUGAGGAGACUGAACAGGAAACUAGCGGCCGCGGGGCAAGAAAGUACUACACAAAUGGUCUAGGGGCACAUGUUACCACAGAAACAACGAUAACAACCAAAUAACUGUAAAUUGUAAUACAAAUGCUGCUCAUUGCAUUUUUAACACAGCAAAUGCGAUGAUCAUACAUGCAUUAUCAUUAGAUGUAAACAAAAAUAAAUAAAGUUUUUGUUA